UGAUUAUUUUACAGUUGCUGUUCUUUGGUGAAAUUAUCUAAGGAUCCACUGGAAGCCAACAUGACGUUAUCUCUACAGGAUUGUGUCUGUAUUUUCCUAUCAUGGGCUCUAAUGUUGAUGUACAGCGCGGCAGAGCAUGACUACUUCAUCCAGCCAGGAAAUCUCAACUGGAGCGGAGCUAGGAAUCACUGCCAGGUCUGUUUCAAAGACCUGGUCACUCUGACCCCUGGCAACACCCAGGGCAUCGCCAGCAAUCUCACUUCAGACUCCUGGGUUGGCCUUCGCAAGAACUUUUACCCCAGCAGCAAUUCCACCAGUAACUCCAAUAGGUCCUGGACCAGGUGGGCCAACGGGGAUCCCCUCGCCUUCCAGAACUGGUACCCUGGUUGGCCUGUGUUCAAAUCCCCCUUCCCCAAAAGAGACUGUUGCAGCUGCUCCUGCACCUGCCCAGCAGUUACAACCCCAAGGACGACAAGCUUCACCAGAUACACAGAAUUUACGACCCCGGAUGUGACGAGCUUUAGCGGGUUUCAAGAUGACACAACUGAAAAUACAGUGAACGUAAUAAACUCCACCGAUGUCACCGGACACACGACCGAUGUCACCGGACACAGGACCAAUGUCACUGAGCAACCUGUGACUGCAGUUACUGGACACGGGGAAACCGUUAGCGAAUGUGUCCGAUCACCUAUGCUGAUGCCUGAUGUCCCGGAUCCUGAUGAAAACUACAUAGAAGACUCUUGUGUGGCCAUGCUGAGCUUUGGGGCUUGGAUUGAAAAGAACUGCUCAGAGCUUCUGCCUUUUAUUUGUUAUGAAGAUCAUUUCGUUUGCAAAGCCGACGUGGAUAACGUGACGUCCAGCACUGCUGAUCUCACAUGGCCGGCUGGGCCGGGCGCCAUCAGCCAUUACCGUAUGGAGGUCAGAGGAGUCGGCAAAAACCAGACGGAAAUUUUUUUUAAUUUUGCUUACAACCUUUCCGGUCUGAUGCCAGGCACCCGCUACACAGUCCAGGUGUUCCCUGUCAAAUGUGGGCGAGACCUCAACUCACAGGAGGUCUUCUUCAACACCAUACCUCACAAGGUCGAAAACCUCACUGUAACCAAAGUGACAGAAACAUCCGUCUUUCUGAGCUGGAACAAACCGCCUGGAAAUGCGGAGUUCUAUCUUAUUUCUGAGGGUCAAGGUGAGGAGAAUAAAAGUGAGACGGAGGGCAAAGAGGUCAGUGGUUUGACACCUGGAAGCCCUUACACGUUCAUCGUGCUCUCAGGAAUCGGCUCCAGGCGGAGUGAGGCGUCUAACAUCACAGUGUACACAAAGCCCGGUAAAGUGACCAACCUGAGUGUGUCUAAUAACACCAAUAGUUCACUGAUACUUUCCUGGGUCUCACCUGAGGGAAAUGUCACAGAUUUCUGCGUGCUGGCUAUGAAUGACAGUAAUGACGAAUUGUUUACAGCAAAUGUGACACCCAACGCAUCUCAAACUCGGUAUGAAUUGUACAUACCAAAGCUGCCGGUGGGCACCAAGAUAACCCUCACUGUGACAGCACGGGCCAACAACACUCUGGGAGACAACGUGACCAUCGUCAACUACACCGCUCCUGGGCCGAUUUCAGGUCUGAAGCUGGAGGUAACAUCUGACUCCCUCACUGCCACCUGGAAACCUCCUGCUAGUAAUUACACACACUUCUUCGUCCAGCUCCUGCUGAAUGGCCACGAAGAAUCUGGUACAGAGCACCCACAAGAACUCAAGGCUCACUUUAAGGACCUGAAGAAUGCAGCCAAUUACACAGUGGUGGUCUAUAGCAUCAUGCACCAUCUCCGUGGUCCCCUGGUACAAGACUACAUAUUCACCAAGCCGUCCCCGCCUACUGACGCCAAUGCCACUUCCAAUAAAACCCACAUCACCUUUCAGUGGAAAGCCCCUGUAAACACAGGGAAGGCCAAGUACCUCGUCCAACUCAUAUCCAACUUCUGGGGCCAAAACCGUACGGAUACCGUGGAUAAUGAUACCAGCUACACGUUUGAUAACUUGAAAUCAGGGAGCAAGUACGAGCUUCAAGUGCAAACAGUGGCUGGUGAAGAGCGGAGUAACCCAUUAAACACGUCAUGUUUUACGGAGCCAGAGCUAAGGGAGAUCAGUCUGUCCAUGUUAUGCUCCUCCUCAAAGCUCCUCUUAUGUGAUAAGGGCGAAGCGAAGGACAAAGUAUUCGAUGAGCUGGAAAAACGUCUCAAGGAGAAGUUGGGGGACAAUGUUCUGUGGAGCCUCACGAAGCAAGAAAACACUGCUGAAUAAUUUUUUUAUUACAUUUUUAUUGGUGAAGGUAUUUUGGAUGUAUUUCGUUUUUGGCAAAAUUGAAAUUUGAAUAUUAAGCCUGUGUGUGUGUGUGUGUGUGUGUGUGUGUGUGUGUGUGUGUGUGUGUGUGUGUGUGUGUGUGUGUGUGUGUGUGUGUGUGUGUGUGUGUGUGUGUGUGUGUGUGCUUUUUAGUCAGAAGAAUGAAGAAUAUAUACUGUGUGUUCAUAUAAUUUUGUCAAUUUUAAAUCCAGGUACAGAAUGUGCUGAUUCGCAGUCUUUUAUAUUGACAAUUUGAAUGAUCAAAAAAUAUAACAAAAAGAAAAUAAAAAAACCUAC